GAACAGAACCGAAACCUCAGACACUCUGCAUAUAUCCUCUGCGCGUGUAUCUCGUCGAACAGAGCCGAAAGCUGGAGCUUCCAAUGGCGGGAGGCAACGACCUGAAGGUGCUCGGCGUGUGGACGAGCCCGUUCGUGAUCCGGGUCCGCAUCGUGCUCAACCUGAAGGGCCUGGCGUACGAGUACGUGGAGGAGGACCUCGGCAACAAGAGCGCGCUCCUCCUGGGAUCCAACCCGGUGCACAAGAGCGUGCCGGUGCUCCUCCACGCCGGCCGCGCCAUAAACGAGUCCCAGGUCAUCCUGCAGUACAUCGACGAGGUGUGGGCGGGGACGGGGCCGGCCGUGCUUCCGGCCGACCCCUACGAGCGCGCGGUGGCGCGGUUCUGGGGCGCGUACAUCGACGACAAGGUGGAGUCGGCGUGGCUGGGGAUGCUGUUCAGGUGCGCGAACGAGGAGGAGAGGGCGGCGGCGGUGGCGCGCGCCCGCGAGGCGCUCGACGCGCUGGAGGGCGCGUUCCGGGACUGCUCCAGGGGGAGGCCGUUCUUCGGCGGCGACGACAUCGGGUUCGUGGACGCCGUUCUCGGCGGGUACCUCGGCUGGUUCGGGGCCGUCGGCAGGAUCAUCGGGAGCAGGCUCAUCGACCCGGCCCGGACGCCGCUGCUGGCCGCGUGGGAGGACCGGUUCCGCGCCGCCGACGUGGCCAAGGGCGUCGUGCCCGACGACCUCGACAAGAUGCUCGCGUUCCUGCAGACCCUGCGCGCUAUGAACUACGCCAAGUGAGAGUGUUUCGUCGCAUGAACGUGUGCCGUGCCGUGCACGACCUAUGAUCAGUUCAUGUCGAUACGUCUAUCACUCAGUUUUGCUUCUUCCGUCAAUAAUCGGUGUGCUGAAUACAUGUACAACAGCUGCCUAUAAUUUUGCUUCUUUCUUCUAAUACCUCCGUUUUUAAUUUGAUAGUUCAACUUUAUAAUAACAAAUGUCAAAUUUAAAAAAAAAAUCGGAAGGAGUAUUUUUUUAAUACAUCCAAGUCCAUCCAAUAAAAGUGCUCGUGGGGCUUUCUAUUA